AUGAGAUCAUGCUUCUCUUUCCAUCUUUCGUACCUUGAAUUGCGCUAUUCUUGCGUAUUGUGUUCGUACUGCAGCGUUUCCACCACUUACAGGCAAGAGAAUGCCUCGAGUAGCUAAUACUGCUCACCAUCGAUGAGGACAUUCAGGCUUACAAAGCCUGACCGUGACUGAGAUGUCUAACUUGCUUCGCCUAUUUAUAUCGAGGCUGCUCCAUUUCGUACUUCUACUAAGUCAAGAGAUAGGUAUCCCAGACUCACUGCAGCACGAUGUCCCUUCCCUCCGAGACAUCCGCGAUUGUUAUCACUAAGAACGGAGACUUUGACGUCAUCGACAAGAUCAACGUGCCGUUGCCUCAACCCAAGAAGAAUGAGAUCCUUAUCAAAGUUCACUAUGCCGGCGUGAACUUCAUUGACAACUAUUGGAGGACUGGGAUCUACCCAGUCAAGUCUUUCCCAGCUCACUUCGGCUCGGAAGCGUCAGGGACAAUUGUAUCACUGCCGUCCGAUUCAGACAUCGUGAAUGACGAGGAAUACAAGCUGCGCGGGUUCGCAAUUGGUACAAAGGUAGCAGCAUACACUUUGGGGGCAUAUGCACAAUAUAUCACUGUGCCUUGGAAUGAUGUCUUCCCCAUCCCGGGUAAAGUGUCAUUGGCUCUCGCUGGCGCAGUAACCACCCAAGGUGCAACUGCUCUCACCUUCGUUGAAGAAGCCUACAAGGUCAAGCCAGGUGAUACCAUCUUGGUCCAUACUGUCGCAGGUGGCCUCGGUCUUCUCUUGACCCAAUUGGUCAAGUUGCGAGGAGCAACGGUUAUUGGGACGACCUCUACACCAGCAAAGGCCGAACUUGCGAAGGCCAACGGCGCCGAUCAUGUCAUUUUGUACAAAACGGAAGACGUCGCUCAACGUGUGCUGGAGAUUACUGGUGGCGAAGGUGUUCAUGGUAUAUUUGACGGAGUUGGAAAGGACACGUAUGAAAUUGACUUCAAGGUCAUCCGCAGGAAGGGUACCAUCGUCUUUGUUGGCAACGCUUCUGGCGUCGUUCCUCCAAUCUCACCACUCAGGUUGGCUGAGAAGAACAUCAAGAUUGCCAGACCUACCUUGAAGAACUACAUCUAUACUGCCGAGGAAGGUCGUCGCUACGUUGGAGAACUAUUUGACCUGGUGGCCAAUGAGAAGUUGAAAGUCUUGAUCCACAAGGAGUAUCCCUUCACGGCGGAGGGUGUCCAACAAGCGGAGAAAGAUCUCACGACAGGGAAGACUGUUGGAAAGUUGCUCAUCAAGGUAGCGGACGAGUGAAGAUCGUGUGUACAACAGUCCGCAGUUCCGUAUAAACACAACAUUGUAUAGUAACAGAAGGUGAAACCGAUGAGCAAACGAUAAAUAUACGAAAGCAAUCCACGACGAUACACAUUACU